AUGACAUCCUACGGGACCACGAUUUGCGUCCUCCUGGCGCUGGCGUCGACCGCGCAGGCACGAGAGAUCGCCCGGGAUUACUUCGCCACGAAGAUUGUUAAUGGACAGGAUGUGAAAAUCGGCGAAAUUCCGUACCAGGUGUCCCUCCAACGCACUGGUAAUGCAAAUCACUUUUGCGGAGGAGUCAUUUUGAACAAGGACUACAUCGUCACAGCUGCGCACUGCGUAUCCAGCAAAAAUGCUCGGGACAUAAUCGCAGGUGCCGGAAUGAUCGAUUUAAGGACACCUGGCCAGGUGACAAAGAUUGAGAAAAUCAUUGUCCACGAGAAAUACAAUCCCGGCGAUUCCUGGGUCAACGACAUCGCUCUUCUGAAAGUAGUGACUCCGUUUAAGAAGAACGAGAACGUAUCCUUCGUCUCGCUGACGAAACCGGAAGACGCCAUUUUGAGCGCCCAACCAGCAGUAGUUUCUGGAUGGGGAAGACUGAGCAUGGGCGGAUCCACGACUUACAUCCUGAAACGAGCAAACCUCCAAAUUGCGGAUUCAGCUUACUGCAGCGCUGCAUAUUCAGAAUUCGGCUUGUCGAUAUAUCCGACCCAUGUCUGUGCAGACGCAGGACAGGAGGAAAGAGGAUCUUGUCACGGUGACUCAGGCGGUCCCCUGACGGUGGAGGGAAAGCUCGCAGGAUUAGUCUCAUGGGCGAAGGAAUGUGCCAAGCCGGGAUUCCCAACUGUCUACACGCGAGUAUCGGAAUAUCAGGAAUGGAUAGCCACGCAUGCCGUUUAG